UACACGUGACUGUCGAGUCGCGGUGGUUCAUGGGAUACCAGUGGGGAGAAACAACAGCGGGUCUGGUAGCCAAAAAUUAACAAAAACUAGCUUAAUUAAUUUAGUUUUUUUUAUUAUUAACGUUUUUGAGUUCGGUUGCUCUUGUUGAUAAGUUUGCAAUUAUAGAGUUGGAUUUUUAUCGUCCUGCUGCAGGUAACCAAAGAUGACCACAGCAGCAAGGCCAACGUUUGAGCCCGCUAGAGGAGGACGGGGCAAAGGAGAGGGUGAUCUGAGUGCUUUGUCCAAACAGUACUCCAGCAGAGACCUGCCAGGACACACCAAGAUCAAAUACAGACAGCCCACUCAGGAUGCUCCAGAAGAGGUGAGAGCUCGUGAUUUCAGACGUGAGCUGGAGGAGAGAGAGAGAGUUGCUGUUAAGAGCAGAGACAGAGGAGCAAGAGAACACACAACUUCCUCCUCAUCUUCUUCAUCGUCCUCCUCCUCCAAGCGGCCACGCCUGGAUCAGAUUCCUGCUGCCAACCUGGAUGCUGAUGAUCCCCUCACUGAUGAUGAAGAUGACUCUGACUCCGGCUCUGACAGCGAUGAUGAUACUGCCGCCCUUCUGGCUGAAUUGGAGAAGAUCAAAAAGGAGCGAGCUGAGGAGCUAGAGAGGAAGGAAAGGGAACAGAAAGCAGAGGAGGAGAGGAUACGUAUGGAGAACAUUCUGAGCGGGAAUCCACUGCUCAAUCUGGCCGGUCAGCAGCAGCAGCAGCAGCAACAACAACAACAACAAAAAACACAGAGCCAGAAUGCAUUCAGUGUGAAGAGAAGGUGGGAUGACGAUGUCGUGUUUAAAAACUGUGCUAAAGGAGUGGAUGAAUCCCGUAAAGAGAAACGCUUCGUUAAUGACACCCUGCGCUCUGAAUUCCACAAGAAAUUCAUGGAGAAAUAUGUUAAAUAAUUACCUGGUUAUGGAACUGUAUUUCAGCAGUUAAAAUCUUUUUUUUUAGCAAAUAUCAUAUGUGCUAUUUUUUCUUUUUAAUCUUUGUGCUGCCCUAGGUCUGUAAAAGAAAUGUACCAAUAAAAUUAAAAGAAGAUAGAA